AUGCAUGCAACCGAAAACUCACUCGCCGUUGGUGCCCCAAAGCCCAAACCUUGUCUCUGCUUCUCCAUCUACCCUCACCUUCGACGACCCCGUCUCUGGAAUCUCGUCAUAGCUGUUUCAGUUCCCCUGUACCCUCCCUCUUCACUUCUUACGCACUCUCUCCCUACAAGGUUUUUUUUUUUUUCUUCAGAAGCCAUGAAGGUGCGGUCAUCUGUGAAGAAGAUGUGUGAAUUUUGUCAGAUAGUUAAACGUCGAGGACGUAUCUAUGUGAUUUGCUCUGGGAACCCUAAGCACAAGCAACGGCAAGGCUUGGCAACAUUUGCAAGUGAAGGCCCAUCUCCUCCAGUGUCCACGGUGACAAGUAGCUGCAAGAUGGAACUUAAGCCCCAAAUAUCGAGACCAUGUCUGAUUUCUGCUACCCCUCAAAGGCACAGCUUGUCUACGUUGUAUGGAUGGAGGGUGGGAUUGGCCUCUAUUUUUUCUAUGAAGUAG